AUGUUUCGGAAAAUAUACCAGCGCCGUACUUUGUUAUAUCACCAUACAAGAAAAAUAUGUAAAGGACCAGAAAACGUUCAGACUUUAGAAUUACCCAAUGGACUACGCGUAGUCACUGAGAGAAUUGAAAGCCCCUUAGCUUGCGUCAAUCUUUUUGCCAGAGUCGGAUCCAGGUAUGAAAAUUACGAUACAAAUGGUAUUUCCCAUUUCAUUGAACACAUGGCAUUCAGAGGAUUCACUUCCAUGGAUUGUGAAACAGUAGCGUGCCAGGUAAAUAAUUUAGAGGCCAAAAUAACAUCCAAAACAACGCGAGAAUUUCAAGUUUUCAGUGCAGUUUGCCCCAGCACAUUUGCUGGUGAUAUUGUAGGUUUACUAGCGAAAAUAGUUACCGAAUUAGAGUUAUCAGACCAAGAGAUGGAUUGUGAAAGGAAUAUUAUACAGCAAGAAAUGAAAUGGCUCGACAUGAAUCCUAAAAAAGUUAUGUUUGACUAUUUACAUGAAACAGCUUUUCAAGGAACGCCCUUAGCAAAUCGAGUUAUCGGACCCUCAAGAAACGUGAAUAAAUUUAAUCGAGAUUGCGCCUGUUACUUCAUGAGAAAUCACUAUACUCCGACUCGGUUGCUUUUCGUAGCGGCCGGUGAUGUCUCUUCAGAUACAAUAGCAGCAGCUGCUAGUCGACACGUUGGUAGUACCGAAUGUGAAACAAAGGCGGAUUUUAGCCCUUGCCGUUUCACGGCUUCCCAAGUGCGUUUCCGCGACGAUUCAAUGCCAUUUGCACAUAUUUCUCUCGCUUUUGAAGCACCAGGCUAUAAAAGUUUGGACUAUUUACCGCUUUUAGUUGCGAAAAAUUACUUCGGGUCGUGGCACAGAAGUCAAGGAGGGAGUGAUAGGCACGCAUCCGACGCAGUGCGUGCAGUCGCAACAGAUAAUCUAUGUGAACAGCUGGAAUCGUUUUACAUAGCUCAUAGUGAUGUUGGUCUAUGGGGUGUAUACUUUGUCGUGCCCAACAUGAACAUUGAGAAUGUCAUUUACAACAUACAGAAUAUGUUGAUGCAUUUAUGUUGUACUAUCACUAAAAAUGACGUAGAACGAGCGGUCAAUAUAACUAAGUUGGAGUUAGCGCGACGUAUAGAUGGAGUUGUGAACUCUGCUUUUGAUAUAGGCGUACAAAUUAUGUUGAAGAACGAAAGAACUCCAUUGCAGAAUAUAUAUCAAGAUCUUUCGCGUCUAGACCCAAAAGCAAUCAAGGCGGUCGCUGAAGCUUGCAUUUAUGACAAACCACUCGUCACUGCUGCAGUGGGACCUACUGAAGAACUGCCCGACUAUAAUAGAUUACAGGCUGGACAGUAUUGGUUGCGUCUUUAA